AUGCGUGUAUAUUCCGUCAGCACGGCCACACGCAUAGCUAUGGAGGACUAUCAGCUCAACGACCAGUACCUUCUCAAGAAAGGAAGUGCCAGCAUGAUGCCGUCAACGGUGCAGCAUAUGAAUCGAGCCGUCUGGGGUGAUACAGUUGAUGAACUCAACUACGAGAGAUUCGUUCCUGGAUCCAAACGAGACAACCCGGUCGCUUUCCGUGGAUUUGGUGGGGGAACGACAUUGUGCCCCGGGCGGCAUUUCGCAUCCACUGAAAUUCUCAUGUUCUCUCGAUUUGACCUUUAUCCUGUGGGUGGCAAGUGGGCUGCACCUAUGACAGCCAAGUCGCCGAUGGUGAAUGCGAUGCCUGUGCCUGAUUGGGACAUCAAUGUUGAGAUGCGACCUAGGAACGACCAUGCGUGGAGGGUCUCUUUUUCUGGAUAUGAGAGGGGCAUGGAGAUAGCAGCCGACGACAUUGAAGGUGCCAGUCCUGACUUGGACAAGGAACAAUGA